UGGCCCUUGAGGAGAGGGUGUCUGUCCUCCUUCGUCCUCCUCCUUCUCCCGAGUCCAUCCAGCUCCUACCUACCUACCUACCUACCUACCUUGAUCUUGUUUCCGUCCGUCUCUCUCUCUUUCCCGCACCCGCACGUAAGAACAAAAGCCUCCUGCCGUCAUAUGCUUCAACUUUCAAGCGACACGUGUUGGGGUGCGACAAGGAGACCCACCGGCAUUCCAACGCUCUGGCCAGCAGGCUGCAGAGACCCGCUUGUCAAGAUCGCGGAAGGAAUAGGCCCAGCUGCAGCCAGAUCCCGUUUGAUCACAGGCGGCGCCGAUCGUUGGCAUGACGCUGCGAAGGAACGGCUGCCCGCAAGUCUCUCGCUUAGGCCUGCUCGAAAAGCGUUUCGCGUCUCUGAAGCUUGGGAGAGUAGCCGCGCUUCCGCGGAAAGGCUCUUCUUGGAUACCUUAGAUCUGAGAUGCAUCGGAGAUGCGUGCCACCCACCCUGCGAUCUCGCCGGCCGCCGUGGCGCGCCUUCACGCAGCCAAAGCAGCGUCUUCUAGCCCGCGUCUUAGGGCCGAUCCAAGGCUAGCUCAACUCCCCUCCAGAUCCUGGGCGGGUAGAUAUCCGUUAUCGUGCGACGAGACGGCAUUUAACCCAGCGCGUCCCGUCGCCCGUCGCACCAAGGCUCCAGGACCGCUGCUCUUCACCCCGUUUCACCCGCACAUCACGCGCCCGCCGCCCAGCCAACUCUCUCCUUUUCGUUCCCGGCGCGCUGGUCGAGCCGGGCCGACGCCUUCGCUGAUGCAAUUUGCUUGCACGUCGUGCUUCGUACGCUGAGAUUAGCUCUCGAUAAGACCCUGACUAAAUGCGCAGACGGAGCCCUGUCGCAACCACGUUUUUUCCGGCUCUUUUUUUUUUUUUUU